AUUAUGAUUCUACCCUUCAUAAUCGAACUCUCGUCAAACAGAAUCAGGUUUGCAAGAGUGAAACAUAUUUACACUGUACGCAAUUAUCAGGGAGUAAGAAGAAAUUAUCUUGGGGAUAUCGCGUUAUUAGAGCUCGUCACACCGUUUGUAUUUUCAACAUGGUUGGUUCCAGUAUGUAUAGAUACUGUACUUGAUAAAAAUAUAUGGGAAUUAGUGGGUUCUUACGGAAAGGUACCGGGAUUUGGCAAAACCGCAACCGGUGAAAUUAGCGCAAUCUUACAAUCUUUGACCAUACCUGUAAUUCCGUUGCGCCAAUGCAUAUCCGCAACCGAAAGUGCUAAUGCGCGACAAUUUCUUAAUGAUAAGUUUUGUGCAGGCUACACAAAUGGUUAGUAAGAGAUCAAUUAUAUAUGACAUUAAUUUGCACAAUUUGCUGCAUUCUAUAUUUAUCAGAAAGAUAUUUGUAAAAAAUGUUAAAUUAUUUAAGCGUUACUUCGAUAUCUCUAAAACUAUUUAA